GAGUCCGAUCGUACCACGCGCAGACUGUGGAGGAGAGAAACCGGCAGGAGACAGGCAACGUCAUUUCUCUGACCAUCGAACUAGCUAGCGCGGCAGCCAUAGCGCAAGAGACCGAGAGCGGCGUUGCCCAAGGCAGGUGUUCCCAGUGAAGAGGGACGAAAGUAGGUCGCACUGAACGUUAGGUAAUGGAAAAGGGUGGACUCUAGGGCCUUGGAAGAGUGCGUAGGCCUAGUUUCAUUCCGCGCACUUUACUGACACAGGCAGCCAGCGUAGUCCUCCCCACCCGGAUCAGCUCAGGACAAGCCAGGUGCCUCUCGGUGACCGCGCUGCGAGGUCGGAGAGGUGCUGAAGCGAUUACAGCAGAAAGAUGGCGGACGACCCUAGCGCGGCGGAUAGGAACGUGGAGAUAUGGAAAAUCAAGAAGCUGAUUAAAAGUUUGGAAGCUGCCCGUGGUAAUGGCACCAGUAUGAUCUCGCUGAUCAUCCCUCCUAAGGACCAGAUCUCCAGAGUGGCCAAGAUGCUGGCAGACGAGUUUGGCACUGCCUCCAACAUCAAGAGCAGAGUGAACCGGCUCUCCGUGCUAGGGGCCAUCACCUCCGUACAGCAGAGACUAAAGCUGUAUAACAAGGUGCCCCCUAAUGGCCUAGUAGUGUACUGUGGCACCAUCGUGACAGAGGAGGGCAAAGAGAAGAAAGUCAACAUAGACUUUGAGCCCUUCAAACCCAUCAACACCUCCCUGUACCUCUGUGACAAUAAGUUUCACACCGAGGCGUUGACGGCCCUCCUGUCUGACGACAGCAAGUUCGGCUUCAUCGUCAUCGAUGGCAGCGGCGCCCUAUUUGGAACCCUCCAGGGGAACACCAGAGAGGUGCUGCACAAAUUCACUGUGGACCUUCCAAAGAAGCACGGCAGAGGAGGGCAGUCGGCGCUGCGUUUCGCCCGUUUGAGGAUGGAAAAGAGACACAACUACGUGAGGAAGGUGGCCGAGACGGCCGUCCAGCUGUUUGUGUCCAACGACAAGGUCAACGUGGCAGGCAUGGUGCUCGCCGGCUCAGCCGACUUCAAGACCGAACUCAGCCAGUCCGACAUGUUCGACCCGAGGUUACAAGCCAAAGUGCUGAAACUGGUGGACAUCUCCUAUGGGGGUGAGAACGGCUUCAACCAGGCCAUUGAGCUGUCUGCUGAGGUCCUCUCCAACGUCAAGUUCAUCCAGGAAAAGAAGCUCAUAGGUCGGUACUUUGACGAGAUCAGCCAGGACACGGGGAAGUACUGUUUUGGGGUGGAGGACACGCUGAAGGCCCUGGAAAUGGGUGCUGUGGAAAUCCUCAUAGUCUACGAGAACCUGGACACCAUGCGUUACAUUCUGCGCGUGCAUGGGGCAGAGAGCAACGGACUAGAGAAUGAUGAGAAGACUCUGUAUUUAACGCCAGAGCAGGAGAAAGACAAAUCCCACUUCACUGACAAGGAGACGGGGCAGGAGCACGAGCUACUGGAGAGCAUGCCCCUGCUGGAAUGGUUUGCCAACAACUACAAGAAGUUCGGAGCCACGCUGGAGAUUGUUACAGACAAGAGCCAGGAGGGGUCCCAGUUUGUCAAGGGCUUCGGUGGCAUUGGGGGGAUCUUGCGGUACAGGGUGGACUUCCAGGGCAUGGACUACCAAGGAGAAGACGAUGAGUUCUUCGACUUGGAUGACUACUAGGUAGUCAGGGACUGAUGUUGGGAGAAACAAAAGAAAAGCAAACAAACGAAGAAGAAUUUGAGAAAAAAGAGGAAAGAAAAAUGCCACCUCUCUUUCGCGGCAAGUGAGAGGGGGAGCCGCAUCGACUAUAUGGACAGAAAGACAUACACCAUCAUCCAUACUGAUAUAUACAUUUGCUUGUGCGCACGCACAUAAACACACACACACACAUUCACACUACCACUCUCACUGGCGAAAGAGGAGUGAAAUUUGCUUUCAGUCCAGAGAGGGAGAAAGCCCUUCCUGAGUAAAUCCCUGCCUUAGAGUGCUGGUUCCUUCCCCUAGCUGGAUUGGACUCGACUCGUUUUUUGUUCACUUUCUUUUUUUCCUCCCCUCCCAAUUGGAAUGAACACAACAGCAAGUUCUUAGAAUCCUCGCUGCCCACCCCCUCCCCCGUCUUAAGAAGACAACAGACUCACUCCUCCUCGCAAACAAAAAGAAAUAUAUUUUUCUUUCUUUACCCAUCUCACCUGUCCCUCAGUCUCUCUCCAAUGCUUUGUCUUUCUUUUCUUUUCUUGCAUUUAAUUUUUUUACUGGUAACUGCUGCUGUUGUAUUUUAUGAGAGUGGGGGAUUUUUUUUACCUGGGUAUCUGUAGAGAAAGGGGAGAAAAGUAUUAAAUUUGAACUGCUGAAAACCA